AUGGGCCCUAGAGAAAAACGCGUCAGGUUCGUAACCCCCGCCCCCAUUCACGUCCCACCAGCCAUGACUAGCCAAGCCCCGCCCCCAUGGCAAAACUCCCGCUCGCCACAGUACGCCCAGUCAUUCGCGCAGGCCCAGCUCUCGCCCCUCCCCUCCCCGGUCUACUGGCAGCCAUACGUCCUCGUCCCCCCGCCCGCGUCCAUGCACAUGUCCGUACCGUCUGCACCGCCCACUCCCUCUGCUAGGCCCGCGCCCGCGUGGGUCCACCCUGCUCUCCAUGCGCCACUCCAGCACAAUCUCGUUUGGGACAUGCGCCUUUCCCCGCCGCCGACCGCCCCCGCGCUGCGCGGCGAGCACGCGACGCACCCCGUUCGUGCGCAGCUCCUCGUAACGUGCGCGUUACUCCCCUGGACGCUCCCCCUCGCUCCCAGCACGCACCUCUUCGUGUCCGCACAGGAUGUCUUCGACGCACUAUAUACCGCGCUGCGCACGCCCGUGCGCCCGGAAGAGAUCGACGCGCUCCCGCACAGCCAACGUUCGCGGGUUGGCGCUGCGGGCGAGGCAUACAAGGCGCGCUACCGCGCGUGCAUCGACCCGGCGCGCCGUGCGCGCGAGAAGGCCGCGGGCAUGCGGCGCGUCGACUUCCUCGGAGUGACCUGUCGCUUUGCGGGGCUCGUGUUGGUGGAGGACGUGGGUGUGCUCCGCGGACGGAGCGUCGGCGAGGUGUGGACGCUGCAGGUGAUGUGA